AUGCAAAAAGAGCAAAUUAGCACCGAUACCGCACAAACUGGUGAGCAGGAGGGGAAGAACGAGACGGGAUCUGACAGCGAGGAAACCUUGUUAGAGCCACGAUUCAAAUAUUCCAGAAUUUUGAAUAAUGUACCUGGAAUGUUGCGAAAAGAUAUGGCAACUUGCAUGGCAAUACAUGAUAAGUUCGCAGCGGUGGGUAGUCGUUCCGGAAGCGUGUAUAUCAUUGAUCAUUUCGGAAGUUUACAUCCAGAAAAUACAGCACGUCAUCAUCGAUGUCCCGUUACAAAAAUAUCGAUUGAUCCGACAGGAUCAUACUUCGUCAGUUGUUCACAGGAUGCUCGAAUCAGUGUUGCGGGGAUUACUUCCUUCGAGCUUGCUCAGGUUAUAGAUUUAAAGUUAGCUGCACGAUCGGUAGCAAUAGACCCGGAUUUCACGAAACGUGGUUCAGGCCAUAUGUUUAUAACUGGAGAAAGGAAUUUAUUGUUGCAUCAGCGAACGUUUUUCGGUAAUUACAAAGAAAAGGUAUUAUAUGAAGGUAUGGAUUGUGAUGGAAUGAUUACACAAAUUUCUUGGCAAGAUUGUUGCAUUGCUUUUACGAAUGAAACAGGAACUAGGAUAUUUGAUAAGUGCUUUUUUGACCUUAAUAUUUUGUUUUGUUUCCGAAAUGCAAACCAGUUAAUUGCAUUAGUUCAAUCUACACAUGAAAAACAUGCAACACUUGCAAUCAAAGCUCGUCCGUCCCACUGUUGGAUCAACAAUGAAACCCUAGCAAUUGGAUGGUACGAUACUAUUUCCAUAUGCAUAAUUAUCAAUUCAUCUGAUUCACAGGUAGUUUCAUCGAUCGAAAGAAAACGAGUGGAAGUGCAUUAUGCUUGGAAAUUCGAUAUGUAUAUAGCUGAUAUUUCAUUUACGCUUAGUGAUGAUAAAUCCUGUUUCUGGAAAGAAAUAACAGUUUUUGGAACGAAGAAGGCAACCGUUCAAAAUCCCGCACAAAAUGAAUGUGAGAUGGUGCUAGCAUUAUUGGAACCAGAAGAUUCAAGUACAUUCAGUUUGACUACCGAAGAUAGAAUCGAGAUGUAUACUUGUGAUCGAGGCAAUCUUACUUUAUUUCAUAUGUCUUCUCUUCCACAUGAAAAUGUGUACUUUUUGCUUGGAUGUCAGGAAUUUAUCGAGGCGCAACCAUGUUCGGCUGAUGAUCGAGUACGGUGGUAUUUGGAGAAUGACUUACUUCGUGAUGCGAUGCAAUAUGCAAACGAACACAAAGCUCAUCUUGAGCAUUUAGAUCCUGUUGAUAUUGGAAGACGUUAUUUGAGCUCUCUUAUUGAACAGAAACGUUUCGCCGAAGCUGCGUCAAAUCUUAAAGUGGUUUGUGGACGUCAAAAAGAUCUGUGGGAAUAUUAUGUAAAUGAAUUUGAACAGAAUAAUGUGGUCCUUCAACUGGCAAAAUAUCUUCCGGUAAGGGAUCCCCAACUGGAACCGGAAUGUUACCAAUGUGUACUGAUUGCUGCAUUACACAACCAUCCAGUUUUAUUUUAUAACUUGAUCAAAGUUUGGAAUCCAGAUUUAUUCCGAGUAGGUGCAAUAACGGAUAUGGCAAUGAAACGGAUUGUACAUGAAAAUGUGAAUCCACUAUCAGAAAAUGAUGCGAUAGCUAUUUAUCGAUCCCUGGCUCGCCUUUAUCUUUAUGAACGAAAAUAUGAUAAAGCUUUGAUGCUUUACAUCAUGUUAAACGAUAAAACUGUCUUUCAAGUCAUCGAAAAGUACCAUCUCUUCGAUUUGGUUAAGAACGAUUUGACAAAACUGAUGGGUAUGGAUACGAAUCUGACAAUACGAUUGCUGAUUGAAAAUGCCGGAAGUCUUCCAACAAAAACAAUUCUAACGCAGCUUGCGAUGUAUCCAAAAUUACAGAUGGCUUAUUUGAACAGUCUGUUUGAAAGGAAUGAAGGAGAGGAAUUUAUCGAUUUCGCUAUAGGACUGUAUGCUGAAAAUGAACCACGACUUCUUUUACCAUUUCUCCGAAAAACAGCAAUUUACGAUAUAGCAAAAGCUAUUGAUAUCUGUGAAAAAAAGCAAUACAUCAGUGAAAUGGUUUAUUUGCUGGGAAGAAGUGGAAAUCGUGUGAAAGCAUUAGACUUACUCGUAAAUAAGCUUGGUCACAUCGAUAGCGCAAUUGACUUUUGUCGUGAAAACGAUGAUUCUGAUUUAUGGAAUUCACUGGUCGAUGCGGCUGUGAAACGACCGGAUCAUAUCACGCAGCUUUUGAAUACUGCUGGAAAAUACGUCAAUCCAUUAAACAUUAUUGAAAAGAUUCCAGAGCAAAUGAACAUUCCCGGUUUACGGAAUUUAUUGGUGAAAAUUUUACGUGACUACGAAUUACUUGUUCAAAUGCAGUGUGGCUCUUUGCAAGUAACAGAAGCCGAUAGUAAUCAGCUUUUCGCGAAAUAUUUAUCGAAUCGUAAACGUUCGAUUUUCAUCGGUUUCGAUCAAUAUUGCAUUGUAUGCAGGGUAGCUCUGCUACAACGUGAAAAGCCUACUGAUUGCAGACAUUCGAAUGGUGACAUCAUUAUUUAUGGUUGUGGACAUUCAGUACACACCCGUUGUCUAUAUGUCUCUCAUUCAGAUGAACGAACAGUGACAGAAAGUAGUAGGUGUCCUAUGUGUUAUGGAUUACACUUAUAUGGAAAACAUUAG